ACCGGAAGUUAUCGUUCGAAGCAGAAGAUUUUUUUAAUUUACACAAUGUUUAGUGUUUAAUCUGAUCCUUUUGGAAGAAUUUGCAUUUAUUGCGUAUAAAGACAAGCAUGCCACAAAAUGAUUUAGUGAUCCUCCACUUUAAUGAUGUGUAUAACCUUGAGCCCCAGAAAGAGGAGCCUGUGGGUGGGGCGGCCCGCUUUGUCAGCUGUGUCAAGUCCUACCAGUCCCUUAACCCCCUGGUGCUCUUCAGUGGAGAUGUACUUAAUCCAUCUUUAUUAAGUUUAUUCCUUAAGGGUGAACAGAUGAUACCUAUCCUUAAUGCUGUUGGAACACAUGCUGCAGUCUAUGGAAAUCAUGAUUUUGAUUUUGGAGUGGAUCAUCUGUGUGAAGUAGUUCAGAAAACCAGUUUUCCUUGGUUACUAAGUAAUGUGAUAGACAACUUGACCAAUAAACCUUUAGCUGAUGGACAGGAAUCGUGUAUCGUAGAGUGGAGUGGGUACAAGGUAGGCAUAAUGGGGCUUGUGGAAGAAGAAUGGAUAGAAACCCUCGCGACCCUUGACCCAGAGGAUGUCACCUACCUGGAUUUUGUGUCCAAGGGCAAUGAACUGUGUCAAAGUUUAAAGGAAAAGGGGGCUGACUUAAUCAUUGCUUUGACUCACAUGCGCUGGCCAAAUGACCGGCUACUAGCGGAGAGAGUCCCAGGAAUAGACAUUAUCCUGGCCGGCCAUGACCAUGAUUAUGGCCUUGAGAUUGUCAACGAUACCAAUAUUGUCAAAAGUGGAACAGAUUUCCGCAAUCUUAGUAAGAUUACCAUUAAAAGAAAAGAAGCCCAGCUGCAUGUGGAUAUUGAGAAAGUGGAUGUCACCUCAGAAUUUGAUGAGGAUCCAGAGACUGUGGAGAUUGUCAAACAUUGGCAGGGCGAUAUUGAUAGUAAAAUGGAUGAAGUAUUGGGCUAUAUGAACACAGAACUAGAAGGAAGGUUUUCAAAGAUAAGGUCGCAGGAAACAAAUUUAGGGAACUUUAUAACAGAUAUUAUGCUUGAGAUAUCCCAGGCAGAUUGUGCCCUGUUAAAUUCUGGAACAUUCCGAUCUGAUAGAGUCCAUCCAAAGGGCUGGUUCAAACUCCGAGAUCUUCUUACCAUACUUCCAUUGGUGGAUGAGCUUGUUGUCAUUGAAGUCACAGGUCAGCAGCUGCUUCAGGCUUUGGAGAAUGGUGUAUCAGCAUAUCCUAAACUGGAAGGUCGAUUCCCUCAGGUGGCUGGCAUUGAGUUUGGGUUUGACCCCAGCAAACCUAAAGGCCACAGAGUGGACACAAGUCUUGUCAGAGUUCAAGGGAAGGAUUUGAAUCCUGAAAAAAAAUACAAACUUUGUACAAAGGAAUACCUCUCAGAGGGCAAAGAUGGCUAUGAUGUGUUCAAGAACUGUCCUGUAAAGGAGACAGCAGAGCAGUGCUGCACACUCAGUACCGGAGUGAGGAACCAUUUUGAGUCCAUUCAGAUCAUGAAGGGUUACAAGAAGUGCAAAUCUGGCCAUAGGCAAAGCUUAGUGUCUCUUGUCAGGAAGAGAAAGCUGGUGCAGAAGUUCAUUUCUAACCUCAGGAAGCAGAGCAUCGCUCACCGACUGGACAAGGCGGCCAGCUCCUCAGCCAAACUUCAGCGUCGCGUCUCUCGACAGGAGAGCAUUCAUGACCAAGAGGAGGCUCAGUGUCAUCUGUCCCCCCGCCUGGAGGGACGCAUUUACUUGUUGAACGACCAGGUCAUGUACAUUAUUCAAAAUAUAGAUAAGAACAGAAAAAAUGAUUGAAAAGAAACACGGUUUAGAACCGUGUCAAGAAGUCGAUCUUGAGGAGGAGAAUGAUGUGCUGUUAAACAACCUAUCUUUGGAUACACUUUAAGAAUAUUAUUACACAUGUUAUACAAUACAGCUUUCAGUGACUUUAGUAUUGAGAAAUACAUAUUUAUUUGCUGCCACUAGUGCUUUUACAAAUAUUAGUGUAUCGGUAUAUAUAUUGUUUAUUUCUAUUUAUUUACCUGGUAGAAUUGUUGAGGAAAAGAAAUGUACCCUACUUCUUAUCUUGCAUCUUGUCAGAAGAAUUAGAAAUGCAUGUUUUAUUUAGAAAGGCAUUUGAAAAGGGCAUUGUUGCCAUAUAUUAUACAAUACUAAUAUUUUGUUUUUGUAUUACAUGUAUUGUACAUAAGAUUUAAGUCGGGUAUAAUGUCUGUAUGAGUGAAGAAUUGUUUUAAAUUAUUUUUUCUCGACUUUUGACGUUAAAAAAAUUGAAUUAUUAUCUUUGUUUCUUUCUGUAUCUUUAACAACCAAAUUAUUUUCUUGACAUAUAUUUGCUUCAUUAAUAUAUAUAAUACUACAUGCAACACAUGAUGUACUCUUGAUUCUGUGUUAAGGCUGCAGGUAUUUUCAGUUAAUCUAACAAUAUGAUAAUUUUUUGGUAGGAUGUUAGUUUGAUAAAGUAGAUCUUUUGAUUACUCUAAAACUUUGCAUUAAUAUAAUUCUAUUUAUAAUAGCAAAAUUGAUACUAUGUAAAUUAUAGUCUAAUGUUUGGGAAAGUGAUGUAAUUUCAGGGCUGAACCUAUAUAGAUACAUGUAAUCUGAAACAAUAUAAGAUUUAUUACACAUGUAGCAUUGAUUUGUGGUUACAAAUUUUAGUGAUGGCAAGGUAUUCAUAAACCUAACGUAGUUUUCUUGCAAGUAUAUUUAAUAAGUUGGUGAUCAGUAGUAUUUCAUGAUAUUACUUGCAUAUUAGAUAAUUUAUAAGAAGAUAAAGCAUUUUUCUAUUUUUUUUUUUAAUUUGUAAGCAGUUACAAGUCCACCCCGUAUAAUGUGUUCUUUCUCUGAAGAGAAUAUUUUGUCACUACCUCAAACAAUAAGUAUUUUACAUUUUUUUUAAACCGGGUUUUCCAAACAAACAAAAAUCCGGUUAUUGAAAUAGUGAAAAUGGCGGGCGGGCAGGUGGAUGGGCGGCUGCCAAAAAGGUACGAUUAAUGUACGGAUAAUUCCUCCCACAGUUUCAAGAUAGACAGCUGUUCUUUUGCAAAUGAAUUGUACCUAUAUCAGAGGUGUGCAUAUUGCGAGAAUUUUGAUUUCUGAUUUAAAUAUUUAU